UUUGUUUAUUGGCAGCUUGGUUGUUGAAUGUGUAGUUUUCCCAUAGAUAUAAAAUAUACUUUGAAAGUGAAAACUCUUCUGGUUAACUUUGUUGGCUUUGUUUCAAGUAACAUGGAUGAUGGACAGUCAGAAAGGAACAAGCCAAACUUGGAUCAAAUGUAGAAACUUUUUCGGUACACCAAAAAGAAAAGAUUUUAAAAAUGUGUGCCAAGACUUACCGGACAUUCAAAAGGGAGAAAUCCUGGUUGAAGCUCUUUGUUGGACAGUUGACAACUAUAUGACAGCAUUCAAUGUUCCUGAAGGCUCCAUCAUGAUUGGCGAACAGGUAGCAAGUGUCAUAGAAACACUGCACGAGGAUUAUCCACUAAGAAUGCUCGUUAUAUGUGAUGUCGGCUGGAGAACUCGAACAAUUAUAAAUCCUGACAAGCAAUUGGUGCGUCGACUUGCAGAUAUUGGAAGUUUGCCAGCGUCGCUGUAUCUAGGAACUCUGGGGUUACCAGGCUUGUGUGCAUAUUUCACCACCUGCGAAGUUUUCCAGGUUAAAGCUGGAGAUGUUCUUGUGAUCAAUGCUGCCUCAAGUCCAAUUUCUAAUGUCGUUGGACAAAUAGCGAAAAUAAAGGGAUGUAAAGUAAUUGCCUUCGCAGGAUCGAAAGAACGGUGUGACUGGGUUCGAGAGUUGGGCUUUGAUUGUGUCUUCAACGCUAACGCUGUCGGAAUCUCACCAGCUUUGCAGAGAGUUGCCUCCCAAGGCGUGGACUUCUAUUUUGAUAGUGUUGGGGCUUCAUUUACAAAAGAAGUUCUUGCGCAUGUCAACAGUCUGGGAACUAUUUGUGUUUGCGGAUACAUUAGCACUUAUGGGAAUCGCGAGUGUACAGAUCCCUACCAUCUUAUUUUCUCCAGAGAACGUCAAGUCUCUAGUACAUCAGUCAUGGACUACACAGCCAGAUUUGAAGAGGCGGAAAAGCAAUUGCUGGAUUGGAUCAAUAUGGGAAAACUUAAGUUCCGAGAACUGCUUUUCAAUGGCUUUGAAAAAUUGCCCGAGGCGUUGGCUGCAGUGUAUGACAUGAGAACUGUGGGUAAAGUUAUUGUCAAGUCUGCAGCAGCUCCCUCUCUGCUUACUAUGUUGGUAGAGUAUUAACAAACAAACAAAACCACAUUUGAACCAACUGAAAUAAACAUGCACUGCUUA